AUGAUGCUGCACUCCACAAUUGGGAUCAUUUCUGUCUGUCUGACCAACUACGCCCUGGCGGCGUCGGCUUCAUUCGGACUCUAUGCCUACGGGGAAAAUAUCGGCGGACUGCAGAUGUACUAUGCCGACGGAAAUGCCGUCGUGAGCAAGCAAGCCCCCUCCAAUGCAACCACCGCCGCGCCCGUUAUCUUUACUCACGACGACGACGAGGGUCUGAUCGGAAACCCCAAUACCACCGACUCAGCCAAUAAACCGAAUUUCACGAAUGCCUCACUCUUCGUUCCCGGCUCGUCCGCCGAGUCCCACCAAGUCGGGUUCACCGACGACCCGUCCGCAAACGAGGUCACCAAUAAGUUCGUAUGGUACGGGAACUUCUUGAUGGUGGAGGACGAUUCCGGCGAGUAUACGUCGCUGUUUACCGUGAAGAAAUCGUCUUCGUCGACCAAUGACGGUGAAUAUUCCCUGCUGUGGAACGUUACCGACUCCGAUGAGGAAGUCAUUGAGGUUUCCAUGAGAUCUAUUGCGCCGUCGAAUGAUUAA